UACUAGUGUGGUGGGUGAUAUUACGUGUUUUUUAACAAUCCCAAAUGAAUACUGAUUUAUGGCGUUACGAAUUCUUCAAUUCAGCACUCUGUUUGCAAUAGGAUUUUACUUCAGCCCAACGUUAUGUAAGUUUCUCCAUGAAUCCGAAAGCUUAAAAGGGGCAGAACGAUUAUAUGUGCGGGCUUUAGAUUAUCCAGAAACGACUCUCUCCAUCAACCUAAUCGAUCCUAAGGAUGUAAUAGUUUUAAAGGGACAAGGUACGACACUAAGGUGUGACGCAAGAUCCUCCUCAAAGGGCUUAGAGGUAACUUGGUUGCAUAAUAGUUCUCCAGUACCCUCGAAUGACACUAGAUGGAGCCAGCAGGAAGAUGGCUCCCUCUACGUACCGAAAAUUCUCUCAGGGAAAAGAGCCAAUGGGGUGACUGGAGAAUACCAAUGCCUCGUUAGGAAUAGAGUGGGCGCCUUACUUUCAGGGGUGGCAAAGUUGAGGGUUGCAUCAAUGGAUCGCAAUUUCACCAAGAACCCGAACAACCUUUCUGUCCCGGAAUCUCAACCGGGCGUUCUUCAAUGCAGCAUACAUUCAGUACCUCCUGCUGAAAUUCAGUGGGAAUUCAAUAAUCAACCUCUACCUCAGCACACAAGAUAUGUUCCUCUGCCCAACGGGGCUUUGUUAAUUUCAAAAACUCAGUUUUCCGAUGCAGGAUCUUAUAGAUGUAAAGCAACAAAUAAUAUACUUAAUGUUACUAAGUACAGCAGAACAGCUCUACUGACAGUGUCCCCAGCAUUGAGGCAGUUGACGGCACCGACUUUUCUACCUCUUGACAUUUCACCCAAUAAUACCGUUUACGUUGGUGAAAACCUAAAUUUAUAUUGUGCUGUGAUGGGCUGGCCUAUACCGACAGUACAAUGGCUUAAUAGCCACAGAGUAGUAGUAAGUAACAGGACCGAUCUGCCGAUAAAUACCUCCAAGGCUCUCGUGUCAGACAAUUACACUUUAUAUGUGCGGGCUUUAGAUUAUCCAGAAACGACUCUCUCCAUCAACCUAAUCGAUCCUAAGGAUGUAAUAGUUUUAAAGGGACAAGGUACGACACUAAGGUGUGACGCAAGAUCCUCCUCAAAGGGCUUAGAGGUAACUUGGUUGCAUAAUAGUUCUCCAGUACCCUCGAAUGACACUAGAUGGAGCCAGCAGGAAGAUGGCUCCCUCUACGUACCGAAAAUUCUCUCAGGGAAAAGAGCCAAUGGGGUGACUGGAGAAUACCAAUGCCUCGUUAGGAAUAGAGUGGGCGCCUUACUUUCAGGGGUGGCAAAGUUGAGGGUUGCAUCAAUGGAUCGCAAUUUCACCAAGAACCCGAACAACCUUUCUGUCCCGGAAUCUCAACCGGGCGUUCUUCAAUGCAGCAUACAUUCAGUACCUCCUGCUGAAAUUCAGUGGGAAUUCAAUAAUCAACCUCUACCUCAGCACACAAGAUAUGUUCCUCUGCCCAACGGGGCUUUGUUAAUUUCAAAAACUCAGUUUUCUGAUGCAGGAUCUUAUAGAUGUAAAGCAACAAAUAAUAUACUUAAUGUUACUAAGUACAGCAGAACAGCUCUACUGACAGUGUCCCCAGCAUUGAGGCAGUUGACGGCACCGACUUUUCUACCUCUUGACAUUUCACCCAAUAAUACCGUUUACGUUGGUGAAAACCUAAAUUUAUAUUGUGCUGUGAUGGGCUGGCCUAUACCGACAGUACAAUGGCUUAAUAGCCACAGAGUAGUAGUAAGUAACAGGACCGAUCUGCCGAUAAAUACCUCCAAGGCUCUCGUGUCAGACAAUUACACUUGUAUGGCCUACAAUACCGUGGAUCGUAUCACGAGAAUCUAUAGGGUGGAAGUUCACCAGAAACCGCAGUUUAACGUUACCCCUAUAUCUAAGUCCUAUCCUGCAGCGCAAACCGUUAGAUUAGACUGUCAGGCUUUCGGCGUACCUGAUCCGAAGAUAUACUGGUUGAAAGACGGUCGACCGCUUACCCACGAUACCAGGAUUAAGAAACAGCCGACGGGUUUGGUUUUCAGUCAUACGUUCAACAGCGAUUCAGGUAUUUACCAGUGCAUAGCUGUGAACUCGGCUGGUAAGAUAUGGACCGCGGCGCAGAUAGAGAUAAACGUUUCUCUUAGUCCUAGGCCACCUGAAAACGUACAAUGUCGCUCCUACGACGCUACAAGUAUCUGUUUGAAUUGGAAACCACCAGGGAAUGUUUCAGUCCAGGCUUACAGCGUGCAUUCCUUUUACAGAGCACAAGGAUUAGAAAAGAAGGAAGUUAUAGGACCUGAAUAUGUUACAAACAUGACCCAUUUCCAAGCAGGGGGUCUCGAUAGCAGUACAAAUUAUACCUUUUAUAUUCGUACGUACUCCAAAGCCGCCAGUGAACGCUCCGAGAAAGUCAUGUGCGCGACGGGUGUCAAAGGCAACCGCAAUCUAGAUAUAACCCCCGUUAACGCAGACUCGGUAUCGUUGAAGUGGUCGGAAAUUAGUACGGACGUGUCUUGUGACGGAGCUAAAGGUUUUUACAAAGUACAAUGGAAGCGCGAGGCACACUCCUCGAUCAAUGUCGAACGUACCUUAAAACGCAAACAUGUCAUUACUGGACUUUUACCUGGUACAAACUAUGAAUUUCGAGUCACAUCUACCUCAUACAUCAAGGACUUAGACCCUUGGACACCAUAUACUCACUCGAAGAUAGACAAUGUAUAUGUAGCUAGCGAAGAAACGGAGAACACCACCGAUAGUACAGAUACGGUUCCGGUACCGCCGGGACAGUUAGAAGGCACACCGCAAUCACCCACGUCUAUUAAGUUGAGUUGGUUGGACGUAAGCCAGAAAAAAUUCUACAUGGUUUGCUACGUGUUGGUUAAAGAAGAGAAAAAAUGCGAAGACGGCAAGUUGUUAAAGAGUUAUUCAAACAAAUUGGUAGUUUCCAAGUUGAAACCGAACACCACUUACGAAUUCAAAGUUCGAACCCACAAUUUGGAAGGAAUAUCUGGGUCUUUCUCCAAAUCGAUAGAAGUCCAAACACCCGCGGACGUACCUUCCGCAGUCCUAGACCUGAAGUACAAAGUAAUAAACGAGAGCACCGUCUGCUUGCGCUGGCAGGCCCCGGCCCACAAAAACGGCAAAUUGCAAAAGUACAUUAUAUCCUACACCCCCGACAGGGACCGGCCCUUGGAGGAAUGGGCGGACGUGACAGUUCCCUCUUACCAAAGAAAAUCUACCGCCUGCUGGUUGGGCGAGCAAGAUAUGGUUUCCACUUUCCUGGGAAAUUUAACUUCUGAGAAUCGGUACAUGGUUUUAGUCAGGGCCACCUCGGACGUUGGUAUCGGGAAGCCCACCGUUCCUAUAGUCGUCACGACUAAUCUCGGCAGCGAC